AGCGUUCCUGACGACGCCGAGGAAGACGAGAAUAGUUAUGAACAUCGCCUGUCAAGGCUAAGAGCAAAUCAUAAACUGCCCGAGUUUAAACUACGGUGCUGGGCGAGAAUGUUGGUGAGCAACUUUGAAUUUCCCGCUUUUGAGUAAUGCAAAACUAAUGGACUUCAUCCGAUUGCCGUCAUAGUGUUUCCUAAUGUUUUGUUUCAGUCUCAUGGUGCAAAGCUAUACCGUGUGCCCAAAUCAUCUCCUUUAACAUUUUUCUCUAGAUUAUUUGUAAUUUCACAUGAAAAGUUUCCUCAUUAUUUAGUGUACGAACUCCACGUGCCAACUCCUUUUUUUUAAUUUAUGCAACUCUUGGGGCUUUUACCGCUAUAAAAUUUCGGACCAAAAAUAAAUCUCUUAAUUAAAUAGCUCUUGCAAAUUAACGGUAAGAAGAGGAAUUCGUUAUAAUGACCCACAGUAUUUCAUAAUAGUGUUUUUGGUGAAAUUUUCAUUUUCCCGACGGAGACCAUACAUGUAUUUUUUUAAAAAUGAAGUUGAGUUGAAAAUGAAGUGCUCGUUACUAAUUAGUCAGGGAAGGCAUACACUGAAUACGGCUAAUAAAUUUAUUGUUGCAUACUAGGUAAACGGCACACAUGACAGCGAAGAUGAAACUCCGGAUUUGCCAUUUUUCACAGGCAAAUCGAAUAAGGUUAAAGACCGAGCACCAAAUACAACCGACUGCGAAGCUUGCCACUCAACAGCUGAUGGCGCUGAGAGUAAGGUGAUUAGCAUAAGAAGUUUACUAAUUCUGAAGCUGUUAGAGCGGUUUUCACUUGACUGUCGUAAAACCAAAACCAAAGUAAAUACACUAGCCAACCAAAGGGCGUAGUAAAACCAAAACCAAACCAAUUCCUCAAUUACUUUCGACAGUCAAGUGAAAACCGCUCUAUCAUCUUUUUUUAGCAUUUGUUUGCUUACGCUCGGUUUUUGUUCUCUCUUCGUAGAUCCGCAUGCGAAGUGCUAUUUUGCAACAA